AUGGAUUCUUCGGCCAAGCAAUGGCUUGCAGAACUGGAGAAUGAUGAUGAUCCUAGAGCGCUUGAGCAUCUGGACCCUCUCAGCAUGCAGCAACUCGCUGAAUCCCUUGCCAACGAGCUUUUUAACCAGCCCCAAGAACAACAGGAAGAACAGCAUGGAUACCAUAACCCAUCACUGAGGGUCCUCCCCUUUGUCGGGGAUAUUAACAAGCCCGAGGGCCACACACCAGCAGCUGCUGCAAUUCGUGACAGCUUCUUCUCCCUCACCAAUGGCUCGUCCAGCUCACUCAACUUCUCGGCGCUGGAGCAGCAGCAGGAUAGUGGUCCCAUGACAAAAUUCUGCUCGCCGCUGUCAGAGAUGAAGAGAGGCGGAAGGAGGGCGACCUCGAGCAUGCAAGAACAUGUUAUCGCCGAGAGAAAGAGGCGAGAGAAGAUGCACCAGCAGUUUACAACUCUAGCAUCUAUCGUCCCCGAAAUCACUAAGACGGACAAGGUCUCCGUUCUCGGCAGCACCAUUGAGUAUGUGCACCAUCUUAGGGAGAGGGUGAAGAUCCUGCAGGACAUCCAAAGCAUGGGGAGCACGCAACCCCCAAUUUCCGAUGCUCGCAGCCGUGCCGGCUCCGGUGAUGAUGAGGACGAUGAUGGUAACAACAAUGAGGUGGAGAUAAAAGUUGAGGCAAAUUUACAGGGGACGACUGUUCUGCUGAGGGUUGUGUGCCCUGAGAAGAAGGGGGUGUUGAUCAAGCUGCUGACCGAGCUCGAGAAGCUCGGCCUGUCCACCAUGAACACUAAUGUUGUGCCAUUUGCAGAUUCAUCACUAAACAUCACCAUUACAGCACAGAUUGAUAAUGCAUCUUGUACCACUGUAGAACUUGUGAAGAAUCUAAAAUCAACUCUCAGAAAUUUUUAG